CUGUCCUCAUCUCGCCAUCAACUCAGUCACUCACUUAACAAUACCUUUCAUACUUUGAUUACAAGUCUUUCCUUCAAGCAAACCCCUAAUUCAACACAUUCAUUCUAUCCAAUAUGUUUUUCAACUUCAAGCCCACCAUUCUAUUGGCCCUGGCCCUGACCGCGAUUGCCAGCCCAAUCGCUAACCCGACAGUCGAUGAGGCCAACACCUUGGUCGCCCGCGCCGCUAGGAAAGAUGUCGAUUGCAAUGGUAAAAGGUUUACCAAAGCAGACAUUCAUAAUGCCAUUGAACAAUCCAAAGUGGUUGAAAAGGGCAGGGAGACAAACGCCAGGGCCUAUGGCAAGUAUCCAGCGGUAUACGGCAAUGGCGAGGGCCAUUUUGGCUCCUCCAGCACCCUGUAUGAGUAUCCAUUGGUCUCAGGAACUUAUAGCGGAAAGAAGACUGCCGGAGAACCGGGUAGCUACCGCGUCAUCAUGAACGAAAAGUACGUCUACCAGGGAUCACUCUAUCACAUCGCUGGUGGCGGUUUCAAAAAGUGCACGAAUCUUGAGGACACCCCUACCACAACAAAUACUACCACCACUACUACCACCACUACUACUGCCAAGGCUACUACCACUGCUACCACCAAGGCUAGUAGUGGCAACACGAGUCAUAAGUCCGGAAACAAGUCUGGCAGCAAGCCAGGUGAAGGUCACGACAGCCAAACCAUCGAGGAAGAUGUCCCAACAGAGGAUAGUGGGGAUGUGGAAAUAGCGGAGCUGACAUACUCAUGCGUCCUGUACUUUAGUUCUGUAUGA